AUGGCGAAGAUAUAUCUAUGGGGCUACCGCUACUUUGAGAAGACCGAUCUUGCUCCUGCCUUCCCCUUCGGUCACGGUCUAUCUUACACUAGCUUCGCCCGGUCAGAUCUAAAUAUCAAGACCGUUCCCGAGGGGGCCAAGCUCUCUGAGUCCGGAGAGUCCGUCACCGCUGCUGUCACCGUUACAAACACCGGUUCCAUCGCAGGUGCUGAAAUCAUCGUUCCUCCGAAGACUGACGUCAACCGUCCCGCUCGUGAAGUCAAGGCUUUCAAGGUCUUCCUCCAGCCCGGUGAAUCUCAAACCGUAAAACUCACUGUCGAGAAGAAGCUUGCGAGGAGCUGGUGGGACGAGCAACGCGGGCCAUAG